AUGGGUUCUCUGUUGCCUCUAGAAGGGAUGAAAGCAAAGUUCUCGCAGUUGUAUGUAUUUGACACAGAUGAUGAGGUAGGUGAUCGACUGUUUAACUUCUCCUCAACAAGUCUUGCUCUGCGACCUCAAAUCGUCGAGGGUUUGAUCAAGUUAUUUGAUGAAACAAAUGAGCUGGUGAAGAGCUUUCGUCGAGUGGCUAGGGAGGUCCAGGAUCCAGCCAAUCAUAACCUGCGUCUUAGAAUAACAGGCUGUCGAGAAGAGAAAAAUUGGCAAUAUGAUCUACCUAUUGGUUCCGAUGUGGCAGGCCUUAUACCCGGCGAUUUCAAUGCUGAGGAUGAUGAUAGGGAUAUUAUCAUAAAUCACCGUGCAGAAGGGUUGCAAUGA